AUGAUUCUUUUAGUUAGUAAAACAGGCGCCGAAGGGCAGGUGUUAGAGGAGGCGAAAAACAUCAACAAAUCAUUAUCAGCGCUUGGAAAUGUGAUCGCUGCACUUGCUGAAGGCACUAAAAGUCAUGUGCCGUAUCGAGACAGCAAAUUGACACGAAUUCUUCAAGAGUCAUUAGGUGGUAAUUCACGAACAACCAUCGUUAUCUGUUGCUCACCUGCGUCGUCAAAUGAAGCCGAAACGAAGAGUACACUCAUGUUUGGCCAGCGAGCGAAAACGAUCAAGAACGUUGUCGUUGUGAACGAAGAAUUGACGGCAGAAGAAUGGAAACGACGUUAUGAACGCGAAAAAGAUAAAGUUUGUUUUGAGUCUAAUAUUGUGAUUUGUUCUUAUUUCAUAGCAAUUCUAAGAGUGAUACUUCAAUGUGGGAUCGCAUUGGGAAAUGUAAAAAACGAAGUGAAUGGCUGA